GUCAUGAUUCUAACAAUGGACGCUGAUUUUGACAAAGAGAAUUCAGUCAGAUUUAAAACCGCAAAACUACUCCAAAGAAGGAGAGCAUUAAGUUUUCAGAAAGAAUUUUCAUUUGAGGAUAAAGAAGAACUUGCUAAUAGCACAAAGGACAUUGAUGCUAAUCUUUUAGCAGUGCUUCCAAAAGUUUCAGAAUUAAGAAAACUCUUUGAACCAAACAAGCAAAAUAUUUUGGAAAUGAAAAGGAAAGAGAGGAUCGCCAGACGUUUAGAGGGAAUUGAAAAUGAUACACAGCCCAUCCUCCUACAAAAUUGUCCUGGAUUAGUUACCCACCGUUUACUAGAAGAAGAUACACCAAGAUAUAUGCGUGCAACAGACCCAUAUAGUCCCCACUUUGGAAGAUCAAAUGAAGAAGAGGAAACUUCAGAUUCUUCUGUAGAAAAACAACCUAGGUCAUCCAGGUAUCGAGCAGAACCUACAGGAGCACAUUCAGAGCCUACAUAUAGCACAGGAGCCAUGGAUACCCAGGGACUUGAGUCAAAAGCAGAAAGAAUAGCUAGGUACAAGGCAGAGAGGAGACGCCAGCUAGCAGAAAAAUAUGGAUUGCCUUUAGAAUCUGAGGGAGAUUCUGAAUAUUUAUCCAGAUAUACCAGGGCAAGAAAAGAUCCUGAUGCUGGGGAAAAAAAAGAAGUAAAGAGCGACAAGCAGGAGGAUGAAAGCAAGGAGUAUAGUUCCCUGUACUCCUCCAUGUCUGAGAAUAAGGAGUCAUGGACUACUGCUUCUGAAUCAAAGGAAUAUUCCUUCCAUGAAAAAGACAGCAUUCCAGAUAGAGAGGAGCUUUCAAACUUGGAGAAUAAAAGAGCCCAGGACGUUAGUGCUCCUGGACAGGCUCAGGACUUGUCAUCAGAAGUGGAUGGUUCUGCAUCCUUUUCAUAUUCUGAACAAGAAUCCUCCUUUAAGGAAGUGCCAGUGUCACCAAAGCAAACUUGCAGGGUAUCCCUUUCCUCACCAAAGCAGCCAGUUUCACCAAGUCAUUCACACAAUGACCAGCCCUUGUAUAGUGACAUCAGACAUGGUAGUACAGGGAAAGCAAAACCUGAAUGGUUUCUUCAGAAAGAUUCAGAAGGGGACACACCUUCACUUAUCAGCUGGCCCUCCAGAGUAAAAGUUAGAGAGAAACUGGUGAAAGAGGAAAGUGCUCAUGGAAGCCCUGAACUUGUCACAGACCCUGUAUCUCAGAAAAAAUCUCAUCCAGUGCCAGUUGAUUACAUGCCUCUUCAGUCAGAAACUUCUUCCUUUGAUAGGGUUGCCAGCCAGACACUCAGUUCAGUCCGCCAACCGAUACAUGGAUAUAUUCAGCCUGCUGGUGUUGCUCAUACUGCCAAACUGAUGGCAACAGAAGACCCAGAAAAUAUCUCAAUUAGCAGCCUCUUAACAUCAGACAAUGCCGGCAUCAUGACAAAAUCCCCACCAGCCACUGCACUGGAAAAGGAAAAAAGUAACAUACUUCAGAAUUAUGGCUCAAAGCCUGACGAAUGUCCUUUGGGGACAGAACAGCUUUUGAAAAACAGAAAACCAAUUUUGCCAUCUGAGGUUCUCAGGCAAGGGAAGAGCAAUGAAGACCAUUUUAGAGCAAGUGAAUUUGACAAGGCUACUGUUCCCUCAUCUCUUAUAAGCAAGCCAAAGGCUAACUCAUCAGAGCUUCAGAAAGAGCUAGAGUGCACUAAGCACCAGGUGCCUGAACCCCAGUUUAAGACUCGUGAGAACACUGAAAGGAGUGAGACAGUUAUAUACGUACAAAGUGGAUCCAUAUCACAUUCUGCUAAGGCGAAAGGUCAAGCUCAGGAAGUGUCUACGAUGAAGCAUAGACUCCUGACUCGCUCAAUGUCUGAUUAUACUGGUUCUCCUAAGCCAGAGGCUUUAAAAAGUAAGGAAACUGUUACGAGAAAGGAGAUGGCGUUCCAGAGUGCUGAAGCAAAUGUGCCCAAUGGUGAGAUUGGCAUGGUUGACACAAAAGUCUCUGUUGCUCAACUCCGUAAUGCCUUUCUGGAAACUAUCAAUGUCCACAAGAAAACUGAACUUGAAUCUCGAUUUGAGAUGUUAACAUCAGGUACUGAUUUGUCUGCCAAUACUGAACCUGAAAGAGUGUCACGAAGGCCAAGGCGCUAUUUUUCUCCUGGUGAAAAUAGGAAAACUUCUGAGAGAUUUAGAACUCAACCAAUCACUUCAGCAGAGCGAAAGGAAACUGAUAGGUCCACUCUGAGUCCAGAAAUGCCAGCUGCUGAGGAUGAAGAAAAACUGGAUGAACGAGCCAAGCUGAGUGUUGCUGCAAAGAGGCUGCUUUUCAGGGAAAUGGAAAAAUCAUUUGAAGGAAAAAAUAUUCCUAAACCACGUUCAAGAAAUUCAGCAAUAGAGAGAAGAUUGCGGCGUAUGCAGGAUAGGUCACGCACCCAACCAGUUACUACCGAAGAGGUGGUCAUUGCGGCUACUGAACCUACCCCUGCUUCACGUACUGUGAAUACCCACACUGUAGUGACAAGAAUACCUAGUCCCACUGUAGUUAAGAGCACUGUACAACCUACCAGUUUACAGGCAUCAGCGCACCAAAAGACUUUAGCUAAAGAAGAAAUCAAAGAAGCAGUCAAGCAAGAUCAGUCUGGCGAGCCAGACUCCUCCACCCUAAGCUUAGCAGAAAAGAUGGCCUUGUUUAAUAAAUUGGCUCAACCAGUAUCGAAGACCAUCUCUACACGGAGCAGAGGGGACAUUAGACAUAGGAGAAUGAAUGCUCGUUACCAGACACAGCCCGUCACGCUUGGAGAAGUUGAGCAGGUACAAAAUGAAAGUGGAAAAAUUACUCCCUUGUCACCUACUGUUGUAACAUCAGUGUCAACUAUGGCGUCUGUGAUUUCUCCAAUGUAUGCUGGGGAUCUGCGUGCGAAGUCAACAGUUGAUGAAAGUGUAAGUGCUACCAGUAAACCAGAUUUGAGAGUCCACUCUUCAGUAGAAAAUGCAGACACUCCAGUAAAAGGCAUACUGAAAUCAGAACAUUGGCAGCCGUCAGUGGAAGUAAUGGAAAGCAAACGAGCAUCGAGGGAGCAUGAAGAGGGAGAGACAAACAGAUUCUUAGCAUAUGAAGAUAAUGAUGUCAAAAAGUACAGUUCUUUUGAAGAAGUAACCACACAUCCUGUUCUUAGUAAAACAGAGGACUACCACAAAGAGACAAAAUACACUUUCCCAAGAAAGAGCAGUAUGGAAUUGUUUACCCAACAAGGACUUUUACAGCCUGCGGAACAGAAGGAAUUUGUUUUUGAUACUGUCCUGCAGGGUAAACAGGAAGUCAAAGAAGGACUGUUCUUGGAGGAAAAGAUGGAGUUGGAGAGUGUCUUGAAAAGCAAGACCUUGCUGAGAGACCAUGUUGAGCCUACUUCUGAACUUGGCACGAUGGCAACACAGGCAGUAACGGUGGUAUCCUAUAGACAGCAGGAGGCUUCUGAACAACUAGAGGAAAAAUUCUAUAAGAACCCCUGUGAGCUGUUUGCUGCUGGAGACGACAAAACAGAAACAACUGAGGACACCCUGGAUGCACCCAGCAAAACACUGUCAAUUAAAGAACGGCUGGCGCUGUUGAAGAAGAGCGGUGAAGAAAGCUGGAAAAGCAGGCUUAACAAAAAGCAGGAGUAUGGGAAAGUGUCCAUCACUGAGCGUAGCACACAACUGCAAGAAGCUGAGCAGUUGUUCAAGAAGAAGGAAGAAGGAGGAAUUACAGAUGAUAAUACCGUGUCUAAUCAGCUUUGGGAACCUGUCUAUGCUUCUACUUAUUCUCCUGCUAUACCUGUUGCCCAUAAAUUUCAUCCUUUUGUACCUAUUCAUCAGGUCAGUAGUUCUAGUUUGAGAGAAUCAAGCCCCCUGGUCUUUGAUGAACGGCAUCCUUGGAGAUGGAAGGUGAAAUAUUGCAUAAACUUCCUGUUUUACCUCCUAGUUUACAAUGGAUGUGGCAUUCUGAAAGACUCUGCUUAUUCUGCAGGCUUGGCAUCACCUACUGCCAUAACUCCAGUGGCAUCCCCUUUCUGUAACAGGCUGAAGUCUACCACUCCAGUUUCAAAGCCUCUGGAAGAAAUAGAAGCCAGGCCUGAUAUGCAAUUAGAAUCAGACAUGAAGCUAGACAAGCUGGAAACAUUCUUGGGAAGACUGAAUAACAAAGUUGGUGGGAUGCAAGAAACCGUGCUAACGGUCACAGGAAAAUCGGUGAAAGAGGUGAUGAAGCUGGACGAUGAUGAAACCUUUUCCAAAUUUUACCGUCACAUGGAUUGCCCCACUUCCACAGUGCCUUUGGAGCUUGAUGAGGACUUUGAUGCCAUCUUUGAUCCUUAUGCACCAAAGUUAACUUCUUCUGUAGCAGAGCACAAACGUGCCGUGAGACCUAUGCGCAGAGCUCAGGCUUCAAGGAACCCCCUGAAAUUGCUGGCUGCACGAGAGGACAUUCUUCAUGAAUACACCGAACAAAGAUUAAAUAUUGCCUUCAUGGAGUCAAAGCGAAUGAAAGUAGAAAAAAUGUCUACAAACUCAAAUUUCUCAGAAGUAGCACUUGCUGGUUUAGCAAGCAAAGAAAACUUCAGCAGCGUCAGUUUACGAAGUGUCAAUCUAACUGAACAAAACUCCAACAACAGUGCUGUGCCAUACAAGAAACUGAUGCUGUUGCAAAUUAAAGGAAGAAGACAUGUUCAAACAAGAUUAGUUGAACCAAGGGCUUCAUCACUGAACAGUGGUGACUGCUUCCUGUUGUUAACUCCACAUUACUGUUUCCUUUGGGUAGGAGAGUUUGCAAACGUCAUAGAAAAAGCUAAGGCAUCAGAACUUGCAACUUUAAUUCAGACAAAGAGGGAACUCGGCUGUAGAGCUUCUUAUGUACAGACCAUAGAAGAAGGGAUAAAUACCCAUACUCAUGCUGCCAAAGACUUCUGGAAACUCCUCGGUGGCCAGACAAGUUACCAGUCUGCUGGAAACCCCGAGGAAGAUGAAAUGUACGAAGCUGCAAUAAUAGAAACAAAUUGCAUCUAUCGUUUAGUAGAUGAUAAACUUAUUCCUGAUGAUGACUACUGGGGGAAAAUGCCAAGAUGUACUCUGCUACAAUCCAAAGAGGUUCUGGUUUUUGAUUUCGGCAGCGAAGUAUAUGUAUGGCAUGGGAAAGAAGUCACAUUAGCACAGAGAAAAGUAGCAUUCCAGCUGGCCAAACAUUUGUGGAAUGGAACAUUUGACUACGCCAAUUGUGACAUAAAUCCUCUAGACCCUGGAGAGUGCAAUCCCCUUAUACCAAGAAAAGGACAAGGGCGUCCUGACUGGGCUAUCUUUGGCAGACUCACAGAACAUAAUGAGACCAUAUUGUUCAAAGAAAAAUUUCUUGAUUGGACAGAACUGAAGAAACACAAUGAGAAGAACUCUAGUGAAUCUCUUCACCAGAAGGAAGACUCCAGGUCUGACUUUAAAGCAUAUGAUGUCAUGCUAAUGGUACCAGUGCCCCAAACUACGGUUGGCACAGUCUUGGAUGGAAUAAAUAUUGGCCGUGGCUAUGGAUUUAUUGAAGGAGAAGAUGGGAGGCAGUUUGAAAUUAUCACUGCCUCCGUGGAUGUCUGGCACAUCCUGGAAUUUGAUUACAGUAGGCUGCCUAAACAAAGCAUUGGACAGUUCCAUGAGGGAGACACGUAUGUGGUUAAAUGGAAGUACAUGGUGAGCACUGCAGUUGGAAGCAGACAAAAGGGAGAGCAGCAAGUAAGGGCUGUUGGAAAAGAGAAGUGUGUGUACUUCUUUUGGCAAGGGAGGCACUCCACAGUGAGCGAGAAGGGCACAUCAGCACUGAUGACUGUGGAGCUUGAUGAAGAGAGAGGAGCACAGGUACAAGUGCUUCAAGGAAAAGAACCACCAUGCUUUCUGCAGUGCUUCCAGGGAGGGAUGGUUGUGCAUGCUGGAAGAAGGGAAGAGGAAGAAGAAAAUACACAAAGUGACUGGAGGCUGUACUGUGUACGAGGAGAAGUUUCCAUUGAAGGAAAUUUACUUGAAGUAGCAUGUCACUGCAGCAGCCUAAGGUCCAGGACGUCUAUGAUUGUCCUCAAUGUAAAUAAAGCCCUUAUCUAUCUGUGGCAUGGCUGCAAAGCACAGUCUCACACAAAGGAUGUAGGAAGAACAGCAGCCAAUAAAAUAAAAGAACAAUGUCCAUUGGAAGCUGGAUUGCACAGCAGCAGCAAGGUGACAAUACAUGAAUGUGAUGAAGGGUCAGAGCCAUUGGGAUUCUGGGAUGCAUUAGGAAGGAGAGAUCGAAAAGCCUAUGAUUGCAUGUUGCAAGAUCCUGGAAAGUUUAACUUCACCCCCCGCCUGUUCAUCCUCAGCAGUUCAUCGGGAGACUUCUCAGCCACUGAAUAUAUAUAUCCUGCAAGAGAUCCCACUGUUGUCAGUUCCAUGCCAUUCCUGCAGGAGGAUCUCUACACUGCCCCACAGCCAGCACUCUUCCUCGUUGACAAUCACCAUGAAGUGUAUCUUUGGCAAGGCUGGUGGCCUGUAGAAAACAAAAUAACUGGAUCAGCUCGAAUCCGAUGGGCUACAGACAGGAAAUGUGCCAUGGAGACAGUACUCCAAUACUGCAGAGGAAAAAACGUAAAGAAACCUCCGAAAUCCUACCUAAUUCAUGCUGGUCUUGAACCCCUGACGUUCACCAAUAUGUUCCCUAGCUGGGAACACAGAGAAGACAUAGCCGAGAUCACAGAAAUGGAUGCUGAAGUUUCUAAUCAGAUAAUCCUUGUAGAGGACGUGUUAGCCAAGCUGUGCAAAACUGUGUAUCCACUAGCAGAUCUUUUAGCUAGGCCUUUACCUGAGGGAGCUGAUCCACUGAAACUUGAAAUUUAUCUUUCAGAUGAAGACUUUGAGGCCGCCUUAGAGAUGACAAGAGACGAGUACAAUGCACUGCCCUCUUGGAAGCAGGUUAAUGUGAAAAAGGCAAAAGGACUUUUCUAAGUAAUGUUAUCGCGUAGUGAUAGUACCAGAGGGAUCUGUAUCGUCACUUUCAACACCUUGGAAUUAGCAAAAUGAAUUGCUCUGGAUUAGUGUUCAAAAAAGAAAUUAGAGAUGAUCUUAAAUUUUUAGAUACUGCCUGAUCUUGAGUUGUGUAAUAUUGUAAAUGUGCAAGAGAACUCUUUGGAAGCUUUGUUCAACUCCAAGGGUAAUGUGUUUAAACUUUGCUCUCCUGUGCACUUAAACAGUAGUUUCUCAAGCUACUACUGCAACAAUCCUUUGGCUAUAUAUAGGACUUGCCAUGUGUUUUUUGAAGAUGUUCUCUUUGUAAAGUGUUAUUUUGUUAGUUUGUGGAUUACAAAGAAUUUAUAUUUAUAUAAACACAUAGAACAAGUAUGUAUUUAACAAUGCAAUAUGUAUUCACUUUCAAGACUUUCAUGUAAAAAAAAAAAAUUCUCUAUACAGAAAGGUAGUCGGAUGGCAGUUGCUUAUACUGAAUUAGCUAUACCACCCAUAUAUAUCUUAUGCAUUCUGAAAAGUUUCUCUUUGCAAUAGGUAAUGAAUUGUUCUCAAUGCUGCUUCAGGUGCUAAACUGAACAAAGCAUUUGUAUUUAUGGCAUGGGUUUCUUUAGAAACUAUGCAAAUCAACCUUUAUAUUUCAAUAUCCAAAAAUGUAUAGUGCCUUGUUUUUGUGUACAGUUUAUAUACAAAAAAGAUUGGUCUGCAUUUUGAAGAUGGUUUAGAACGGUCUCCUAUAUUACUUUUAUAAUAGUAGAAAUAAAAACAUCUCAGUUUCUAAUACAUGUUGUAAAGAUUAAACGUCUUUCAUUAUAUAAGAGCUUAAAGUAAAAGCUUCAGAAUAAACUCAGUGAUGCUC